AUGGUAGACACUUUUUGUAUUGAUGAAAAAAUCAAUAUUGAGUCCCAUGUGGUGUACGGUAUUCACUCAAUUACGGAUUUUUUUGAUUUUACCGAAUUCGUAGUUGAUUUAAGACCGAGCAAAAUAGUGAAAUUGAGACUUCGUGUCAAUGUUGGAUUGGCUGUCGUCGAUUACUUGAUGCUCCAUAUUGAUCGAAAUCGAAAGUACAAUUUUAUUUAUCACUUGCAAAAUCGUUUGGUUGCAAUUUCAUCAAACGUAGUCCAAGUCUUUGGCUCAUACAAUGAAUUACAUCUAGACCAGUUUAAGGAGGUGGAAAAGUUUGGUUUUAGGGAUCUCAAUAUCUGUGGUUCGUUUUCAAAUUUUCAAAGAUUGAAAAUACUUCAAAUAGUAGGAAUUAAAUCCCUGGUUGGCAAUUGGCCCUUUUCAGUUGAUAUUCGCGAUUUUCUUAUAACUUUCAAAACGCCUGAAUUGAUAGGCUGUGAAUAUAUCCAUAUUAUUCGAGUAGAUGAAGCCGAUGCACAAUCAAUGCAAAUUCCUGUAUUGGAUGAUAUUUCCUUUAAAUAUGCCAGUAUGUAUUUACCUUUGUGUUGA